GUCCGCCCACACUUGUGAUAGACCGACCAGGCAGGAGAAGAAAUGGGCGGCCGGAAUGAAAAGCAGUUGUACCAAAACGUCAUCGUAAUGAGGCACGGGCCGCGCCUUGAUAACUUUAACACGAAGUGGCCUGAGACUGCCGACCGUCCCUGGAACCCACCGCUGUACGACGGCGCCGAGUACAAAAACCUUUACUCAGAUACGGCGAAGAAGAUCCGGGAAGAGGUCGGAGCCCCGAUCCACCGCGUCAUCGUCUCCCCUUUCCUCCGCUGCCUGCAGACGGCGUCCAGGACUAUCGAAGCCCUCUCCUCCCAACAACUCUUGUCCUCCUCAACCGCCGCCGCCGCCGCUCAUUUCAGUCCUCCCCAAAUUAAGGUAUCUGUUGAGUAUGGAUUAGCAGAAAUGAUGAACCAGAAAGCAAUAUGGGUACCUCCUCAAGAUGGAGAUUUUAAAUUUGUACUCGCAGAAUGCCAAGAUCAUUUGCCAUCUAAAACACUGUGUGACAAUACUAUCUAUGAGAAGCUACCGAAGUGGGGAGAGACGAAAGAUACUGCACGUGAUAGGUAUAAUCACGUUGUUCGUACACUUGCUGACAAAUAUCCUUGCGAGAACUUGUUGCUGGUCACACAUGUUGUAUUUUUGAAAAUUUCUCAUUCAUAUGUUGCUAUGUAUCAGCUGAAGGAGUAGUCGCUUUGUCACAUAUAUUCAUGAAUGGUGCCCGAGUACGUGCGGAUUACUGUGGAUAUGUACAUUUAAGGAGACCUAUUAAGGAUGGAGUGUCAUCCUUUUUUAGUGGACCUAUUAUUGAUCUGAUGUUACAUGGUCAAUCUGGUAUUACACUGCGUGAAAAAUAAAAAAUCAGUUAUCAUUACCAUCACCAUUACUGAAUAAUCCUACCAAUGGAACCCUUGUGAAAUGUAGUCAAUGUACUUUAAAUUGUCCUAUGGAUAUACUCUACGUUGUUUGCUUUUUUAUAUUACUGGAUAUACUCUACGUUGUUUGCUUUUUUAUAUUACUUUGUCCUCAAUAUUAUUUACAAU